AGCCUCCGAAACUACCUGCAACUUUCUAAUCGAGCAAGUUUCACGGAGCUGAAUCAACUUGCCAGACGCUUCGCAAGCAAUUAUUGAAUUCCGAUGCCAUCAAAAAGGAAAAAGUAUUGUAACUGCCGCAACUCCCGCUGCUUAAAAUUGUACUGUGAAUGUUUUGCUUCGGGACUGCAUUGUGAUAGCUGUAACUGCGUUAACUGCUCUAACAAUCUUGCAAGUGCUGCGAUACGAUGUACAGCUGUUGAGUCUACCCUCGAGCGCAAUCCUAAUGCGUUUCGCCCUAAAAUCGCUCCUGGGGUUGGACCAUUAGAGAAACGAAGAGAGGGUGCAAGCAGACAUAACAGGGGCUGUCACUGCAAGAAAAGUAGUUGCCUUAAAAAAUAUUGCGAGUGCUUCCAGGCAAAUAUAUUUUGUUCAGACAUUUGCAGAUGCAUGGAGUGUAAGAAUUUUUUAGGUUCUUCACAGCGCGUAGUUGCCGCCAAAACUUUGAAAGUGCUCUCAAGGACAACGGCUAAGGGGAGACUUUCAGCACAUGCACGGCGAAGAAAAGCAGUUUCGGAAGUGUCGAUCGAAAAGGCUGGCUCAGAGCUACUUGAGGUUCAGGAGGGGUUUCUCCCAGGAGACAUAGUUUGUGACCGUGCCGUCGACAAGAUGCUUGAAUCGCUGAGUUUUUUGCAGGGCUGCAAGAAACUUGAAGCUCUUGGUAGGGAAACCGAAAUCGUGCAGGUUCACAUACUCAAUUUUCAAUAUUUUUCCUUGACUAUACUUUCAAGUUCACGUUCGUUUUCGGUCGUUAGGAAAGUGAUUCAUUUGCGAAUAUUGAGCUUAUGGUCAGGUAAUCACCAGCGAGUGUAG